AUGGCGGAGUCCGGGAUAGCGGAGUUGAGCCAAAAAGAUGGAACUGGGAAGCUGGGAAUCGUGGAAUUUAAGAUCUUGUGGACAAAGAUUGAGAAGUUCCUGGAACUGUUCAAAAAGAGAGAUGCAGACGAAAGUGGCUGUAUGAGCGCCUCUGAGAUGCGGAUGGCUGUUGAGGAUGCUGGUUUCUCUCUCAACAACUCUCUCCAUCAGAUCAUUGUGGCUCGCUACUCUGAACCAAACCUCAGCAUUGACUUUGACAACUUUGUGUGCAGCCUGAUCCGCUUGGAGUCACUCUUCAACACCUUCAAGAUCCUGGACAAGGAUGGGUCUGGUGUGAUAGAGCUGGGUUUUAUGCAGUGGCUAAGUCUGUCGAUGUUGUAGAGGAGCUCCUCUGACUGUUAACUGAUGGAGAAUCAAGACAUGUGUUGAACAGAUAUCAUAUCUGAAUAUUAUGGACAAGUGGAUUAAAGUUUGUAUUUGAUUUAAAACCUAAUCAAUGUAUUGUGAGGGGGAAAUAAUUACUAUGGGUUUGAUUUUCCAGAAACAUAAUAAAACCAGAAUGUCACACAAAUGAGAAUCCUUUUAUUUGGAGUAAAUCAUAAUGAUAUCCCUUUGAGCAGUUUGCAUAUCAACUGGAAAUAAUAAUGUUAAUAAUGUCUUUCUGCCCGCUCAGUUCUUUCGUAUCCUAAGAAGUGCACAACAGACAGUUCUGAUAGUGUUCUCAAGUAUUUUUGGUAAACUAAGAUCAGAGAAAUUAAGACUAUUGGAAAUUAUAUCUUAAUUUACAGCUCUUUGUGGUAUCUAGCACAACAAGUCCUCCAACUCAUACGACCAAAUGGGCCGAUUGUUCGGGCCCUUAUUA